AGGGGUGAUGGUCUGGCUGGUGACGUGACAAGGCAAAGCAAACCCGCUGCUACUGUAGCACUGAUUAGCAAGUUUGUUGACUAAACUUUCGCAAUUUCUCAUUCUCCCCUCAACAUUAAAGCUGUGACACACGAAUAAUGGACAACAGUGGGAAAGAAAAAGAAGCAACGGCUUUAAUGGCCGAGGCUGAGAAGAAAAUGAAAUCAUCGCAGUCGUUUUUCGGGGCGAUGUUUGGGGGUUCCUCCAAGAUGGAAGAGGCCUGUGACAUGUACGUGAGGGCAGCCAACAUGUACAAAAUGGCCAAAAAUUGGUGUGCUGCAGGAAAUGCGUUCUCCCAAGCUGCUCGCCUUCACCUUCAGAUGCAGAGCAAACACGAUGCAGCAACUAGCUUCAUAGAUGCUGGAAAUGCCUUCAAAAAAGCAGAUCCACAAGAGGCCAUAAACUGCCUAAACCGAGCCAUUGAGAUAUACACUGAUAUGGGGCGCUUCACCAUCGCAGCCAAACAUCACAUCACCAUUGCUGAAAUAUAUGAGACAGAGAUGGUGGACAUUGACAAGGCCAUUGCUCAUUAUGAGCAGGCAGCAGAUUAUUACAAAGGUGAAGAAUCCACCAGUUCUGCAAACAAGUGCCUUCUGAAAGUAGCAACCUACGCAGCUCAGCUGGAGCAGUACCCAAAAGCGAUUGAGAUCUAUGAACAGGUUGGAACCCACGCAAUGGACAGUACGCUCCUGAAAUACAGUGCCAAGGAUCACUUCUUCAAGGCAGCGCUCUGUCACUUCUGUGUAGACAUGCUGAAUGCAAAACUCGCUGUGCAGAAGUACGAAGAAAUGUUUCCGGCCUUUUCAGACUCUCGAGAAUGCAAGCUGUUGAAGAAACUUCUAGAUGCCUAUGAAGAACAGAACGUGGAUGCCUAUACUGACUCGGUGAAGGAAUUUGACACCAUCUCACGGUUGGACCAGUGGCUCACCACCAUGCUUCUCCGCAUCAAGAAGACCAUACAGGAUGACGAGAGUGACCUUCGCUGACUUCCCUACCUGCUUGUGACCUCAAGCCCUCAACAAGCAACAUGCAUCCUUCUUUUUUGCCUCAAGCCUCUCACAUCCAUUCUAGCAGCAAUCUUAACCGUUUGACCACUAUCCCCUUAUAUUCUCUCACAGACACUGUUUCUAUCCCAUCAUGUGCAGUAUUUCUUCCUUUCCUUUUUAAUCAUCUCAACUUAAUGUUCCAAAAAUUUUUGCUAUGAACAUUAUUUUCCCCAGUGUGCACACAGCACACAGUAUAUUAGUUGUAUAUUGUUAUGAUCCAGGUAUUGGCCCAACAUUAAUUAAAAUAUUCAUAAUGGCUGCAACACCAAAUACUCAUACCAGCACACUAAUGUAAUAAAGGUUUUAUUUUAUUGUUCUUGUAAUGAAAUGGAUGAGAGGAUGCUAAUUUACAAACAAAAGUUUUCCCAUAAUGUGCUCUAGAGUCAACUUAACUGACCAAAAUGCCAAUUCAGACUAAAGCACUCACAUUGUUUUUUGGUCCUUUGGAGUGCUCAGUAUACUGUAGGUCACAUAAGGGCACCUCUAAUUAAACAGCACUUCAUCUCAGCUGCAGAGCUCCUCUCCAAGCAGAGGCCAAGAGUAUCUGAGGUUAUUCCACGGCAAAUACCCCCUUUGCCUUACGCUGCGAAAUUCUCAGGAUGUGAACAGCUAGAUUUGAUGAAAGAAGAAAACAUUGAUGCUUUUAGACGUGUUCUCAGUUCAUUUACUAACUGUUUUGGGGAUUUCCAUUUAAAGUGCUUUUAUUUUAUGAACGAAGGUGAAAGGAGCGCAUCACCUUUGUGAACAUUUGCAUGGUUUGAUAAGGAUGAGAAAACUAGAGCAGCCACUUUCCACUGUAUAGGAGUUAUUUCUCAAGUGUGAGUGUGUUUUUGUUUUGUUUUUUGUGAUUGAUUUUUAUUUUUCAUAAAUAACCAGGCUGAGAAAAAGCCUGCACAAGAUGCAAUACAUUGAAGAAAAAGGAGCUUUACUGAUCUGAACACUGUGCUCAUGUACCCUCCUGGUGAUUUUGUCAAGAGACAAUUGGUCUUAAAUAAUUUGUACAUCAGUGAUGUUUCCUGUCAAACGUUUGAAUAAACCUGUCUGAGACAUUCAGCA